GGACUACACCGGCGUGGAGCCCAUGGGGCUCUUUUGGAGCCUCGCCCCCGCCGCCAUGGAGAAGCCGUACCAGCGGCUCGUUCCCCGCAACACCAGCGCCCCGAUGAAGGUGGAGGUGUUGGUCCACCAAGGCCACAGCCCGCCCGGCUCCAUGCCCGGGCCCGUGGUGGCCAAGGCCGAGGUGCAGAGAUUAUUCACGGCCCCCGGCGUGCGGAGGAUCCGGCUGAAGGAAGGAGUCGUAAGGGGCUCUCUUUUCCUGCCGCCGGGAGAUGGUCCCUUUCCAGGAGUGAUUGAUAUGUAUGGUGAUGAAGGAGGCUUGAUUGAAUUUAGAUCCAGUCUCCUGGCUACCCGGGGUUUUGCUGCUCUUUCUCUGCCAUAUUUUGACUUUGAAGAUCUUCCUAGGGUUAUGAAAGAAUUAAAACUUGAGUACUUUGAGGAGGCAGCAAGGUUCCUCCAGCGUCACCCAAAGGUGAAAGGACCAGGAGUCGGCGUGAUCGGGACUGGGAAAGGGGCAGAAUUAGCACUCUCCAUGAUCACCUUCCUGCCAGAAGUAGUGGCUGCUGUCUCAAUCUCUGGCUGCAGUUCAAACACAGUUGCAGACCUCCAUUAUGGUGACAUGACUCUGCCUGGGCUGCGUUUUGAUAUGAAGAAAGUCAGAGUGUCUGACGCUGGUAUAUUUGACAUUUUUGAAGCUCUGGAUGACCCAGCGAAUCCUGCUAAUUCUCCUAGCGUGAUCCCCAUUGAAAAAGCAGAAGGUCACUUUCUCCUAGUAGUAGGGGAAGAUGAUCGGAUGUGGAAGAGCUCCGUAUAUGCUGAGCUGGCAAUCAAGCGUCUACGCCAGCAUGGGAAAGAGAACUUUGAACUCCUGAGUUAUCCAGGAGCAGGUCACCAAAUUGAUCCUCCUUCUACUCCCUUUUGUCAGCUUAAGGCCGUUUCCCAGGGCACCCCUGAAAAGAGUCUGGCACCAUCCUCUUGGCACCCACCUUUGCGGUAUUUGCAUCUACUGGCAAAAGCAACGACCAUCAAAGAAGCUCUAGCCAGAUGGGAGGAGAAAAGUGGCCAGAAGGCUUCAGAGGCAAAGGAAGUGAAACUGUACGGGCAGGUUCCUCCUGUAGAAAAGAUGGAUGGCGCUCUCUCCGCUCUUGUUAACUGCGAGAAACUAUCACUGUCUACAAACUGCAUUGAUAGAAUCGCCAACUUGAACAACCUAAAAAAUUUGAGGAUUCUGUCUUUGGGAAGAAAUAACAUAAAGAACUUGAAUGGAUUGGAGGCAGUUGCUGACACUUUAGAGGAGCUGUGGAUCUCAUACAACUUAAUUGAGAAACUGAGGGGCAUCCGUGUAAUGAAGAAACUGAAGGUUCUUUAUAUGUCAAAUAAUUUGGUGAAAGAAUGGGCAGAGUUUGUGAGACUGUCAGAGCUGCCAGUACUAGAGGAGCUGGUGUUUGUAGGCAAUCCACUACAAGAGAAAUUUGCUGCUGAUCAGAACAGUUGGAUUGAAGAAGCAACCAAACGGGUACCCAAGCUGAAAAAGCUGGAUGGUACCUUAGUUGUUAAAGAAGAAGAGGAAGAAGGAGCGGAAGGAGCAGAAGGAGGAAACUGAUAACACUUUCUUGUUGGGUAUUAAAUUAUUAAAGUAACUCCAGAUAGCUUGGCACAUGAACUUUUAUAAGUAUUUGUUUUGAAGAAAAUCUUUGGGCAGUUUUCAAAAGACCAGCUUAUCUCCACAGUCUCUCACCCAAAGAGUUAGUUACCAAAAAUUGCUCACACUGGUUUGUCAAGCUUAUGACACCUUCUGUAGAGACUAGUGGAGCUGAGUUUACUUGCUGUUUGGCUAGCAAGAGAUCUUUAUUUAAAUUAAUACAUAACUAUUUUUAAUUCCUGAUUAGUGGUGCUUGUUGUUCACUCUUGGGUUAUAAAAGAACUUUUUUGGUGCUGCUGGCCAACAUCGAAUUGGAAACUCUGAGGCCAGAAGAACAAUGUUGUGGUUUAGAGACACCUAACAAGCUUUUUUGUGUUUAAUUUUGUCAUGGGACUUUCUCAAUAUUUCUAAUAUGUGAGUUUGCCUUUUCAUUCCUUGAAGUGUUAUGCCAAACAGGCCCAGUAGUUGCAGACAUACACACAAGAAGGUAUUGGUCUGACGAGUGCCUGUUCCUGGCCUUAAGUCUUGAAAUGGGCUUCUCACAUUGGAACUCAACUGCUUUGC